GAACGAACGUCGGAGGUAGAGCACGUGUCUCUCGUCGCUCCGGGACCAACUUGGACUCCGACUCGUGACAUGAGCGCGUAAAUUGAACCGUCGAAUUUGACUUAUAAUCGAAAAUGCACAUAUUGGUGAUGGUGACGUGUGUGGCGGCGCUCGGCGCCGCCUUCAACAUAGAGAAUAGAGAUCCCAUAGUUAAGAGGAGCGACGACAAGGACUCCUACUUUGGAUACAGCGUGGCUCUGCACCGUGAGGAAAAAGAUCCCAACAGUCGCAAAUGGUUAUUAGUGGGUGCUCCAAGAGCAAACAAUGAUCAGCCAAACACGAACCGUUCAGGGGCCCUAUUUAAAUGUCCCAUCGACCACGACGUUGCAAAUUGCGUUCAAGUACCAACCGACGGGAAAAGAAAUGCUGCGGGGAUUUAUCUUACCAGUCACGAUUACGAGGACGAAACCGAAACCGACACGAAACUGAUGCCGCCGCUCGUGAACGAAGAGAUCAAAGACGACCAGUGGCUGGGCGUCUCUCUCAAGUCCCAAGGACCCGGAGGCCAGGUGGUGAUAUGUGCCCACCGCUACAUACAGAAGAAGAUGGCCGGUGAGAAGGAGUUCGACCAUUUAGGCAAUGGACUAUGUUACGUUCUGGACAAAAAGUUAGGGUUGGUGAGCAAUUGGGAACCGUGCAGGGGUCGCAUCGCCGACGGUUACUACAGACAUUUUGGCCUGUGCCAAGCGGGCGUCAGCAUUGAUUUCCAAGACGAGAUGUUGAUUGUUGGGGCACCAGGUGUUUACACGUGGCGCGGCAUCAUCAUGAGCAAAUCUAUCGAUGAAAAUUUUCUAAUGAAGGACAACACGGUUUAUCAAGCGCAUGUUGAUGUUGAAGACACAAUUCUCGAUAAAUACAGUUACUUGGGGAUGAGCGUCGCCAAUGGAAACUUCUUUAAGAAGAACGCGAUGGUAUAUGUGGCUGGGGCGCCCAGGUCCAAUCAUUCCGGGCAGGUGUUCUUUUACAGUAAGAAUAAGACGGAUAGUAUGGAACUGUUAAAAUUCAUCAGUGGUGACGGGGAUUUCACUUCGAGUUUCGGCUAUCAAAUCCUAUCCGAAGACAUCAACAGCGACGGGUACAGCGAUUUGAUAGUGUCAGCUCCGUUUUACUACGAUGACAAGACAAAUAGAGGCGGCAAAGUUUACGUGUAUACCAAUUUAAGGAACUGCUCGGGAUAUUCCGAUGAAUGUGCUUACAAAACGUUGACUGGCCCAAAGUCAUCCAGAUUUGGUUUCUCUUUGGCCUCACUAGGUGAUAUCAACAAAGAUGGAUACAUGGAUAUAGCAAUUGGGGCUCCCUACGAGGAACAUGGCGGUGCCAUCUACAUUUAUCUAGGCGGCAGCGAAGAACUUAAGCUCUCGCAGGUGAUUCGUGAAAAGCGUGGCACUAAGACUCUAGGGUACUCGCUAAGUGCCAACGUAGACGUGGACAAUAAUAACUACCCUGACUUACUCGCCGGAGAUUACGAAGGAAAUCAGGUGUUGUUGUACAAAACGAGGCCUAUUAUUGACAUCCAUAUUAAGAUUGAAAGUCAGGACAUAAAAAACAAAAUUAACGUGUCGAGCAAGGGAUGUUCGGAAGAUUUAAAUGCGAAUAACACUUGUUUCUCAUUCAAAUCAUGUAUCAACUUUGUGGGUGAUAUCAAGGGUAACAAACAUUUCGAUUUGCAUUUGUUGAUCAGAGAGAACACAACGACUACAAGACAAAGGGUUUGGAUUAAAAAUUCAAAUUUAAAAAGCAAUACGAAAAGUACAACGAUUAAAAUAGACAUUGUGAAAAGAACUUAUUGCACGCAAGAGAUAGUUUAUAUUGAAGAGUUCGUGAGAAACUAUCUAAAACCCAUUGAUAUGGUUGUAGAGUAUAAAUUGCCAGAUAUAGACCCUCACUCUCCAAUAUUGAAUAAGACGUCGAUAAAAAGUUUCUCGGUCGAAUUCCAGAAAGACUGUGAAUCCCAGUGCGUGUCUGAUUUGGUUCUGUCAAGAGCCCUCCUUCAAAACUUGACUAGCGUCCAGGUUAACGGCAAAGAGAAAUAUACAAUUCACUCAACCAAUGACAAAAUAGUGUUGGAAAUCGUGGUGGAAAACAGGGGGGAUUCGGCGUACGAAGCAAAAGUGUUUGUCGAACAUCCUGAACAAUUGGCAUACAACAAAAUCAUCAAUAAUAAAGUUGAAAAGAUGGAUUGUCAUCGAGAAAACAACACAUUGGUGAUGUGCGACCUGGGCAAUCCGUUCAAAAGGGUUCACGGCCCAGAAACCUUGUUGCUUAGCUUCGAAAUAAUAAAAUCGAAAGGAAGCUCGUUGCAUAAUUUGCCCAUAAAUGUGUUCGUCAAUUCGUCAUCAAUCAACAAAUCGCAUAAGACACGAUCCGAACUGUUGAUCUACCUCGAGAAAAUCGCCGAUUUCACCUUAUCCGCGAAAGCGACGAGCAACCUUCUGUAUUACGACCAAGUAAGAGGUGAAUCUGACAUGAAAACGUUAGAAGACGUCGGUCCAAGAAUACGACACAUAUACUCAAUAGAAAAUAAAGGUGACUGGGCACUGACUGAUGUGAACGUCACCAUUAACUGGCCCUAUCAGGUACGAAGUUCCGGCGAAAAUGGCAAAUGGCUUCUUUAUCUAGAGUCUAUACCCAACUCUGAAAGUAUAACUUGCACAUACGACAGAAGUCUGUUGAAUCCAUUGCGCUUGAACAUGUCGACGGACAAGGAAGACGAGGAGAUCGGAAAACUUGUACAAAUGAACACACGACGACGAAGAGACACAGCCAGAUGGAAGAGGGACGAAGACAAAGUUGUGGACUACACGAUAAAACACACCAACAAUCAAGACCGCAAAGUCGUCACCAUGGCAUGCGGAAGAUCGGCGCGAUGCACGGAGAUCAACUGUAGGAUUCGGCAAGUGCCCAUGCACUUGACCAUUUCAGUUGAGAUCAAAUCUCGGUUAUGGAAUUCCACUUUGGCUGAGGACUAUUCGAAUAUCGACUGGGUUUCGAUAAAGUCAUCGGCGAAUAUAUCUUUCAAUUCCGAGUUUACGCUCGCCGAGAACUCUAAAACAUUUGUUGUGGCGGAGACUAUAAUGUACCCUGAAGUACUGCCGCAACAUAUCAGCUACUGGUACAUUAUUCUGGCGGCAGUUUUGGGCAUUCUCGUACUAGGAUUGUUAAUAUUUGUGUUAUACAAGUGCGGCUUCUUCAAGCGCAAAAGGGCGAAAGAUGCAACUUUAAAAGGGGCUAUUAUCACUGAGGAGAACAAGGAAUUGCUAUGAACCGUUUUUAAUACGGAUUCUUAACCAAUUGUGAUAUUUAUCUUAUCGUGUAGGUGCUGCUGUAUAUAGUACUUAAUUUUGUGAACAAUUACGUUUACCCACCACUUUUAAUGAUCGUGUCGAAUAAUCAAAUGUUUUUCUUAGAGAGUAGUAAUAUUAUGUGGAACACUGCGUUUAUCCGCGGAAAUAAAUUUAAUAGUUGCAUAUGAAUGUAUAGUGUGUUGGAUACUGCCAUUUUAUUAGUGAAUUCACAACAUUCUAAUAAGAAAUAAUUAGAAUAUAUGCAAAUAUGUACUGAAUAUGUUGAAAUAUAAGACUGUAAAUACCAAUCGAAUUUUAACAGCAUAUUUGAGACCAAAAUUAUUAUAAUUAACACCAAAUCGUAUUACUAUCACAUUUUAUUCAUGCAGUAACUAGCUACAAUUUUUUCAUCAAUCAUUUUUGUUAUUUAAUUUUAAGUGUUUAAAUAAAAUGAGUGAAUGUAUAGAUAUGAUGCAUUACUAUAUUAUUAAGCAAAUACUUUUAGGCUAUGUUGUAAAUAUUUUAUUUUAUGGAGUAUUUCAUAAUGUUUUUAAAUGUACAUUUUUAAAUUAAACGUUAAUAAAACCUUUAUAUAUA